AUGGAGAUGAACGGAAUAUCUCAAGUCUUCAUUAAGCGAUUGAAUCGCGAAGAGGGGGCUAGAAGGGAAGAAGGGGAGAAGAAGGAAGAGGAAGAGGAAGAGGAAGAAAGAAAAGAGCUGACGUGGAAUUCAUUUGUGUCCCUGGUCAAUUGGUAUUAUGGAGUAGAUAAAUCUUCUAGAAGAGCUUCCAAGUUCCAACACUCAACCAGAGUGAGUUCUACCAUCACCAUUAGCCUCGAGCCCCUGACCCGACAACUUUAA